AUGGAGUCAUUAUUAUCCCUCGCAUUCGACAACCUCUCGUCCUACGACGGACCCAAAGUACGAAAAGGCCUUCGCCAGGUCGAAGGUCUUCUCGCUCAAAUCUGUCUCUCAAACGCAAACGCAAAAGCAAAAGCAAAUGCAAGCUCUCGAAACGACCGCUCCAAUCGAAGAGGUGAUUCAGACAAUGAUGGAAGCGACACCUCGUCAACACCACCUCAGAAGGACCUCUCUCAGCUAUCCCGAGACCCGGCUUUCAGAGAAUUCUUCAAGUUGCAGGAGGGUUUCGAAUGGAACGUUGCUAUGCGACUGAUCAGCACUCUCGAUAGGCUUAUGGCCAAGGGCGGUGAUGGCGGAAACGACCUGUUGAUCUUGAGCUCCCUCGAUCUCAUUCAGGGACUUUUGCUGCUUCAUCCUCCCAGCAAAUCUCUAUUCGCUCGAGAACAAAAUAUGAACCUUCUUCUCGACCUUCUUGAGCCUUACAACUGCCCCGCCAUCCAAUCCGCAACUCUACUCACCCUGGUAACCGCUCUUAUUGACACUCCCAUCAAUACACGCACUUUUGAAAGCCUUGAUGGCCUUCUUACAGUCACGUCACUCUUCAAGUCUCGGUCCACAGCUCGUGAGGUCAAGCUCAAGCUUGUCGAGUUUCUCUACUUCUAUCUUAUGCCCGAGAUACCAUCUAUCCCCCGAGCCGACCAGCGCGAUAGCGUCCCCGCCAUGUUCCAGCGCAGCCCUAGCAAGCUCGCCGGCGCUUUUAAUGCUGAUUCCCGACGCAAGCGCUCUGGAUCGGAUCCUGAAGGGGACAUCUACCUUACCACCGAGGAGAAGCAAGAGCUGCUCAGCCAACAUCUGAGCAGUGUAGAGGAACUUGUCAAGGACCUACGAACAUGCGCACCAUUUGGCGGCGUUGUCUGUUGA